UUUAUUUCUGCAGCGGAACUGUGUGGUCAGUUAUAAAUAAUUAGCAGAUUAACUUCCGUGUCCGUGAACUCACUGCUGCUUCCGUAUCAUGUGAAGUUCCCCUCGUUGGACGGUCCACUGCUGCCACGAACAAACUCUCAUAACAAUGCGUGCGACUCCCGAGGAGUUCACGACGCUGAUUUCAGACCUAGAAUAUUUUCUCUCCGAUGGAUUAAAAGGGGAAAAUCUAAGCAAGAAGGCAAAAGAGAAGAGGGACGCCUUCAUCAAGCGGAUUAAAGAGGUCAAGUUGGGUUUCCCACACGAUUUCAAGGACAAAAGUGGAGAUGACUCCGAUGAUGAGGAGGAAGUUGACAGCAACAACGAUGGAGGGUCACUGCAGUCAGAGCGCGCCGACAAGGAUGAAGAUGCUUUUGACGGUGGCCAUCAGUCCCCACCUGUGGCGGCUCAGGACCUGACAUCUGUCUUUAAAGCGGGAUACCUUGAGAAGCACAGAAAGGAUCACAGUUUUUUUGGCACCGAGUGGCAGAAGAGAUGGUGCUCUCUAAGUCAUCAUACCUUCUACUAUUAUGGCAGUGAAAAAGACAAGCAGCAGAAGGGGGAGUUCAGUAUCGAUGGGUACACUGUCCAAAUGAACAGCACCUUACGGAAAGACUCAAAGAAAGACUGUUGCUUUGAAGUAACGGCUCCAGACAAGCGAGUCUAUCAGUUCUGUGCGUCAUCGCCGAAAGAGGCGGAGGAAUGGGUGAAACAGAUAGACUUUGUUUUGAGAGAUAUGACGGGAAUCAUCCCAGAAGAUGAAGAGGAGGAACAGGAAGUGUACGACGAUGUUGGACCCAUGGAAGAUAUAGCUGAGUCUGAGCUGAUCGAUGAAGACAUCUAUGAAGUGCUCCCAGAGGAUGACAUGCCCGCUCCAGCAAAGCCUCCUCCAAAGUUGGAGCCAGCCGCGAAACCUGCUCCUCCUGCUUCAGUUGAUAAAAGCAAAGACUACCCCAACUUCUACCAGGGCUUAUGGGACUGUGCGGGGGGCCACCCAGAUGAGUUGUCCUUCAGGCGUGGAGAUUCCAUCUACAUACUGAGCAAGGAGUACCAGAGCUUUGGCUGGUGGGUCGGAGAGAAGAAUGGAACAGUAGGAAUCGUCCCCAAAGACUUCCUGAUGGAGCUUUACGCCCUAUAAAUACACCUCAUGAUCAUUCCCUCCCGUAUCAACUGUAGAAGACUGAUGAUUGGAUGAAAAGAUUUUCCUAUGACUGAAAUACAUAUUUAGGAGUAUUUUUCUACAGUAUCUGCAUGUUGCACUGCUUGUUUGUAUUUGUUUCCUAUCCAAGAUACAGUUAUUCCACACUAUUUCACUCACUGCUUUUGGCAAAUUUGAAAUUUUGCAAAUGGUUAAAAAAUUAAAGAUUUAAACAUA